AUGCGAACAUCAACAUUGGAGUUGUUAUUGCAACGGACAACCUCAGCCACGUCAAUCUACUCCGCUCUGGACCCGUACAACGUGAGCCUUGUCGGCGGCCGUGUCAUGGAAGUCGGCGUAGGUGGUCUCAUGCUCGGGGGUGGUCUCUCCUACUUGUCCGACUUGUAUGGACUAGCGUGCGACAACGUAGUCAGCUUUGCGGUGGUCUUGGCGAACGGGAGCGCUGUUCAAGCUACAUACAGUCAACACCCUGAACUAUUCUGGGCUCUCAAAGGCGGCUCAAACAAUUUCGGCAUCGUCACCGAGUUCACAGCCAAGACAUUUCCCAUCUCCCAGGCUUGGGGCGGUAUGCAAGUGUUUUCCCUCGACCACGCAUCGGAUGUGCUUGGGGCUCUGUAUGAGUACCAAGAAGCCGAAAACAAGGACCUCUAUGCCAACUGCAUCAUCAACGUCCUGCCGAUCAAUUCCACUCUCUUUCUGACUUUGAUCUACCUGAAGCCCGUGGAGAAGCCCAAAGCCUUCGCGCCAUUCUACGAUUUGACGCCCUUGCUUGACAAAACGGGAUUCUACACUUUGCACGAGCUUAUGGCCAUGUUUCCCGUCGGCAACGUUCCCAGGUGGACAUGGUACGAAAACAGCUUGGAACCGAACAAGGGCCUCUACAAGGACAUCGGCCGUGCCUUGACGGCCACCAACGAUUCUGAUAUAAAACGGAUAGCAGGAUUCCCGUCUGGGACACUGGUCGCCGCUUUGCAGCCCAUUGACAAGAACGUCGCCUUGGCCGGUGAGGAGCGAGGCGGUAAUCCCCUGGGAAUAGAAGCCAAAAACCAGUUAUGGUUCUCGGUGAAUGUAGGCUGGGACGGCCAAGAACACGACGCUGCGGCGUCCGCCGCUAUUGAGUCCCUCAAUUUCAAGAUGGAGAGCUUGAUUAAGGAAGCUGACGCUGGUGUGGACUAUGUGUUCAUGAAUGACGCUAAUUCCAAGCAAGCAGUGAUCAAGUCAUACGGCGGAAAGAACGUGCAACGUCUGCGGGAUAUACAGAGGGUUUAUGAUCCGGAUCAGGUCUUCCAGAAACUCUUUCCGUUGUGA